UACACACACGCACAGGCGCUAAAGCUCACACUCCUCACUGCCUCACUGCAGCUCUGCUCCGCUGCAAUGGCGCGCCACCCCGUGCUGAUGCUGCUCGUCGUGGUGGUGAUGAGCUGGCACUGGGGCGGCGCGGCGGCGCAGGUGUUCCGGCCGCCGUGGAACGGCACGUUCCCGAUGGGGCCGGGCGGCGGCGGCGGGGGGAGCGUGGGAGGAGGAGGGGGAGCGGCGGCGGCGGCGUCGGUGCCGGCGAUGUUCGUGUUCGGGGACUCCCUGACGGACAACGGGAACAACAACGACAUGACGUCGCUGGCCAAGGCCAACUACCUCCCCUACGGCAUCGACUUCGCCGGCGGCCCAACCGGCCGCUUCUCCAACGGCUACACCAUGGUCGACGAGAUAGCUGAGCUUCUUGGGCUGCCGCUGCUGCCAUCUCACAACGACGCCACGGGCGACGCCGCGCUCCACGGCGUGAACUACGCCUCCGCCGCCGCCGGCAUCCUGGACAACACCGGCCAGAACUUCGUUGGGCGCAGCCCGUUCAACCAGCAGAUCAAGAACUUCGAGGCGACGCUGCAGCAGAUCUCCGGCAAGCUGGGCGGCGGCGCCGCCGGCAAGCUGGCGCCGUCGCUGGCGCGCAGCAUCUUCUACGUCGGGAUGGGCAGCAACGACUACCUCAACAACUACCUGAUGCCCAACUACAACACCAGGAACGAGUACAACGGCGAUCAGUACUCCACUCUCCUCGUGCAGCAGUACACCAAGCAGCUCACCAGGCUGUACAACCUGGGGGCGCGGAGGUUCGUGAUCGCCGGAGUAGGGUCGAUGGCGUGCAUCCCCAACAUGCGGGCGAGGAACCCGGCGAACAUGUGCUCGCCGGACGUGGACGACCUCAUCAUCCCCUUCAACAGCAAGGUGAAGUCCAUGGUGAACACGCUCAACGUCAACCUCCCCCGCGCCAAGUUCAUCUUCGUCGACACCUAUGCCAUGAUCUCCGAGGUCCUCCGCAACCCGUGGUCCUACGGGUUCAGCGUGGUGGACAGAGGGUGCUGUGGGAUAGGGAGGAACAGGGGGAUGAUCACGUGCCUGCCGUUCCAGCGGCCGUGCCUGAACAGGAACACCUACAUCUUCUGGGACGCCUUCCACCCCACGGAGAGGGUCAACAUCUUGCUCGGCAAGGCAGCCUACUCCGGCGGCGCCGACCUCGUCCACCCCAUGAACAUCCAGCAGCUCGCCGCCUGGCAGCCGUAGCAGCUGUCGCCGCCGGCGGUCGUGACAUAUAUCCUCUCUCUUACUCUCUUCGUCCCGAAAUAUAAAGAAUUUUGGAUGAAUAAGACAUAUCUCAGUACUACGAAUUUAGAUAUGAAGUCUGAUUAGAUUCGUAGUAUGUGUUACAUCCAUCCAAAAUCUUUUCUAUUAUGUGACGGAUGAAGUACUUAGGGUAUGAAUCUAUUCGUUUUUGCAUGCAGUGUUACUAUGUUGUUGUAGCUAGGUAGGGGGUGAGCUAAUGAACGAGCUGGGGUGGUGUUUGUUUGUGGGUGUGUUUGUGUGCUCAGUUUGGAUUAGGGCAAGUGCUGCUUGUGUUUGUACUACUACUGCUGCUGAAUACCGAUGGACUUGUGGGUUGUCAUGUC